CUUAGACUUAUUAGGGCAGUUGCUCUGAUCACGACGUUAUCCUACCACGUUCUGUCAGUUAGGAAUAUCAACUUGGUGAUUCUGUUGAAGAUGGAUCUAAUCAGGAUCACUUGUCGAACGUUGCCAGAUCCUCUGUAUAACUUUUAGCUAACACUGGCAGUACUUGUUCUACAUACGACCCUGGGAAGGCAUCAAACCGUUGCUGUGCGUGAGCACCGGCGGACAUACAACAUCGGACAUAGCAUCUGACCAAGAUGUGACUCCUUCCCUUAAAACUGCUCCAACCAUCGUGUGCAACGAGUUGCUGCUACCUGCUGUAGAUGGAUUCUCUCCCAAUGCGAUCGUAUGGUGGAAGGCGGAAACUUCAUUACCACAUCCAGGUUUCUGAUAUCAGUGUUUCCAUAGAACCAGAUGAUCCAGAAUGCCCGCCUGGGCCUUAUAAAUGCUACGUGGAAGUUGGCGUCGACACUGUUCGCAAGCGAACACAAGUUUCCGCCCCCGGAAAGUACGCCUGGAAUGAGUCAUUUGAAUUUUCAGUGAGGGAGGACUGGUCUAUAUGCAUCGACUUAAUAGCAAAACAUGCCUUGUUGUCUUGCGGCACGCUGAGUUGGUUCUGCAAGGAUGUACCCAUUGCAUCGUCUCGUGACUAUAUGCAGUUACCUACAUCAGCACAAACAAAAGUUGUCUCGCAAAUCUUGAGAGAUGUGCACGUACGAGGGCGGAAUGGAGAGCCUUCCAUAUACCAGGCUAGCGUGACCUUGAAGCUUCAGUUGUUAGACCCAGAUCCUACCACUGAUCCAUCAUCUUCGAUUCAUUCGGAGGAGUCAUUUAUAGAGGACGUCGGUGAGCUCAUUGCAGCACCGAAUCUCUCCAACACAGAUCUCGGAGCACUCAGCGGCAAGGUGCUACGACAUCCCAGCCUUGGUGUUGGCUGCCACUCUUUUUCAGAUUGUUCAUCUUUUGUAGUCUCGCUUCACAGUUGUGAAGACGAUGGCCUUUCUUUCAUCAACUCUCCAAACGCCGAUCACGACGAAGUGUUAGUGUCCCCUGUUUCCGAUCUACCUCAAGGAGAUCAGUUUCCUCCGAGUCGCAAGGAGCUGGACGACGCAGAACAAACUUCGGUCGUAGAAGCGACUCUUACAGAUCACACUCCGAGGGGCGAUGUCGACGGUAGGAAACUGCCGGGGAUGAAUCAAUCGUUGCCUGCCGACAAAGUUGAUUCAAGGAUUUCCAUGGUGAACGAUACUAAACCUCAAACAAGGCAUAAAUCAUCUAUGAAGCCAUUGAGCUUUCGCUCUAAUCGUCGUGCAUCGCUGUGCGGGAUGCAAGAUUGUCAUGCACUUUGGGGACGAGUCAGAUCACUAUUCAGCUUGCGCACGCCCCAGAACGCCGACCGCAUCAGACCUAUGGUUUUGCAUUCAAGUUAGAAAUCAAAUCACGGUGUCACAUCCUCGAUAUUUUUCUUUGAUUCUGGAUGAUC